UACAAUUAAAAACACACACAUUUCGAUGACUAGUACGCUCAUUAAAUAGUAUAGGUUUGAAAAUGAAGAAGAUAAGAUUCUAGCAUGCACUAUCAAAUGAUUGGAAACGGUAGAAACCAUGUUUUAACCGUCACAAUCACUCUGCUUAUAUAAACGAAGGCGAUAUGUGAUAAUUCAUCAACCAAAACAAAAGCAAAAAAAAACACAAGUGGAAACUUUAAAACAAAGAUAGAAAAAUGGCGACGUCGGGAACAUACGUGACGGAGGUUCCGUUGAAAGGAGCAGCGGAGAAACACUACAAGAAGUGGAAGAGCGAGAACCACAUCUUCCCUGACGCCAUCGGCCACCACAUCAAAAAUGUCACCGUCCACGAGGGAGAAUCUGACUCUCACGGAUCCAUCAGGAGUUGGAACUACACAUGGGAUGGAAAGGAAGAGGUAUUCAAGGAGAAGAGAGAGGUAGACGAUGAGAACUUAACAUUGGUUUUAAGAGAACUUGAGGGUCACGUGAUGGAGCAGCUCAAGGUGUUUGAUGUCAUCUACCAAUUUAUCCCCAAAACUGAGGAUACCAGCUCCUGCAAAAUCACUAUAAUAUGGGAGAAGCGCAAAGAUGAGUACCCUGAACCAAGCACCUACAUGAAAUUCAACAAGAGCUUGAUCGUUGACAUGGGCCACCACGCCAGCAAAGCUUAAUCGUCAUCACCAUCGAUCAUCAUCACCAUCCUCAUCACAAUCAUGCACCAUCAUCACUAUAUAUCUCUAUUUACUUAUUAAACAGGUUUCAAAAUAAUAAUCAAUAAAUGGGGGUCUUGUACGUGGCGUUUCAAUUAUAUGUAAUUGGUUGGCUUUUGUAAGAUGGUUUAAUUUGUUGUUAUGGUCAUCAUCGAGUUCGAUGUGAUCACUAUGAAUAAUGUAUGUUGUUCACCUAUCUACAUUUUUCUGUCUUUUA